AGAGAACUGUACACAGACAGAUACAAGGACUCGGAGUGGAAAUUCAUCGACGAGCCGAUCGCCAUGUCGUUCUCCUUCUUCAAGAUUCUGAGGCCUAAAACGCCACAGGAGGUGGCCAAGUCUCUCAAGGACAGUCUCGUGGCCCUUGAUACCAAAACUGUUGUCGAAGUUAAAGCCCUUGAGAAGGCUUUAGAGGAAGUUGAGAAGAAUUUCGUGACCAUGAAAUGCAUGCUCUCUGGAGAUGGGGAGUCAGAACCAAAUAUGGAUCAGGUUUCACAGCUAGUGGAGGAAGUAUGCAAAGAGGAUGUUGUUGCUCUUCUAAUCCACAAGUUGCCUAUACUGGGAUGGGAAGCAAGAAAGAAUUUAGUCCAAUGUUGGUCCAUAUUGUUGAAACAUAAAGUUGACUACAAGUACUGCUGUGUAGAAUACAUUGAACAACACUCUGAGUUACUAGACUUUCUCGUUGUAUGCUAUGAUAACAGAGAAAUUGCGUUGAACUGUGGAAUUAUGUUGCGGGAAUGCUUCAAAUUUCCAACACUUGCAGAAUACAUUUUGGAGUCUCCAAGCUUUGAGUUGUUCUUUAAAUUCGUAGAGUUGCCUAAUUUUGAUGUCGCUUCAGAUGCAUUUUCUACCUUUAAGGAUCUUCUUACUAAACAUGGAAAACUGGUUGCCGAAUUUUUGGAAGCUCAUUAUGAUGAGUUCUUUGAUCUCUAUGACAAACUUUUGACAUCUUCUAAUUAUGUCACAAGGCGACAAUCUUUAAAGAUUCUAUCAGAAUUUCUUUUGGAGGCUCCAAAUUCCCAUAUAAUGAAACGCUACAUCCAAGAAGUACGUCACAUGAAAGUCAUGAUGACAUUGUUGAGGGACGCAAGUAAAAAUGUUCAGCUAUCAGCUUUUCACAUUUUCAAGGUUUUUGUUGCUAAUCCUAACAAACCACGGGAUAUAAAAAUUAUCCUGGCAAAAAACCAAGAGAAGCUGCUAGAAUUACUUCAUAAUCUGUCUCCCGCGAAAGGUUCAGAAGAUGAGCAAUUUGAGGAGGAAAAGGAGCUUAUCAUCCAGGAAAUUGAGAGUAUCAGGUUAAACUAAUAAUUGAUUGCUCUGCUAUCAUUCUUUGCUUGUGUAAAAUUGUUGAGUUUUAUGUCUUGUAUAUUCCUUCGUAAUCUGAUGUAUAAUAUUUUCUAGUCGCUGUUUCCCAGAAACUGAACUAAUAGCAUGUAUCUAUGAAUCAGAUGAAGCACCGGGUAUAUGAUGUUGAAAGAAUAAUUAUGUAGUGAACAAAGAACCCUGCUGAGAAAUGGACAAGUUCCAUAGUUAUAAUUGAAUUUCUAAACAUGAGGAUUUUCAUUUUAA